AUGCUGCGCAGGACCUAUGUACGGACUAGACUGGUGGUGACACAGACUAGGCGCAUAUGCUUCGUCUCGCGCGAGUCCCUUUCCCGUUCUUGCUGGGCGAAGAACAAGCUGAGCCGCGAUAGCAGCUGGGGUGCUUCCUGUUCCGCCUGGAUCUGCUCAUGCCGAUCCCCGGAGCGACAACGCCGGAGGCGUUGGACUCUGGUGGCGCACGGGGCGCCGUGCGUUUUGGACGGGGGCGGCGACGCUGUGCCCGGUUCGGCCGCGGGCUCGUCGGAUUCGGCCGGCGGACCGGUCUCGCCGCACGUCCUUCAGUUGGAUCAGGGAGAGGGGGGCUUGGCUGAUGGCGAGUUUUCCGGGGCGUCCUGCAAGACCUUCGUCUCUGGAGGCGGAGAUGUGGCAUCAGGAUACGCGACUCCUGCCGUCGUCCCGCACAACUCCGUCCAGUCCAGCGGCCGCAGUGGCGCGGCGGAUUCGUGCACGACAUUCAGUUCUGGGGGCUUGGUCCUGCCGUCGGCACGAGUCGGCGACGAGACGCCGGCCGUCGUCUCGAGCUGCUCCGUGCAGUCCCUAAGUCAAAGCGGCCCGGCUUCGGCUAACACCACCAUCCGCGUUGGCUGGAAGCACAGGUACACACUAAUUUUUCUGUCGCCUGGGGCAAAUGUGUAUUUUCCUGAUCGCAUUCAUACGAGCAGCUGAGAAAAGUUUCAUUAGUUUGGUCAAGUUGGGGAUAAAGACUGGCAUCAAUCAUCCCUGGCUGGAAAGUUCUUAGUAGUUUUCCUUAAGCCCUACCCCGUCAUUGGUUUGGUGAAAAUUAUCAGUGCCAUUGCAGUAAAUAUAAUGGUUUAAGUUCCGUUGACAGAAAAGGAUUAAAUCGCUAGUACUGGGAACCAGUUGACUUGUAUGGUUAAGUUACUUUGUCCAAAAAAAUUAUUCUCGCCGCUGAUUAUCUGUUGGUAUGUUGGCAUUUUUGAGUGUUCAAACAAUGAAAGGGGGAAGCUAUACUUAGUACAGUCCAAUUUGUAGAAGUAAGGUGACUAUUUUUGCAGCAGUCUGAAUGUUUGAUAGGGGGGAGAAUAUAGUCUGAAUCAAGCUUGGCGAAAAAAGGUCCUAAAAUCGUUUAUUUAAUAAUGAACCCAUGUUUGGUUGCAGAAGCACGCGUGCCCCGGCAUUAUGCAUCCUGGUUAUAUCUCAUUGACCAAAUAGCUGUGGGAUGUUACUAAUAACACUAUUUUGUCUGCAUGUGUACGGGGUUUGGCUAAUGUUGUUUCUGGUCAGCUGUAACAGUUGAUUCUUUGUCAGUAUAGUUACAAUUUUGCAUGCACAAAAGUUCAAGACUACAUAUAGUAUAAUCGCAUUUGAGGGCUGUAGUAGCUAAUCGUGUGCCGCCACUGGAAGCUGCUAUUUGAGGAUUCGAUGACAGGGGGACUGAGGUGGUCGUCAACCCGGUGCUUGGCACUAUUUUUGAUUCGCUGGCAGAGGCAUAUGAAUUCUACAAUCUAUAUUCAUGGGAGGUGGGCUUUGGGAUUCGUUACGGCAAGGGCAUGCAAAAUGUCAAUGGGACCAAGUGUAUGCAAGAGAUUGUGUGUGGCUGUGCUGGCAAACCAGAAAGGGAGAACAGCUCGUCAAUGAGGAGCAAUUACGCCGCCAUGCUUCGGUUGCACCGGACAGAUGAUGGUGGGUGGUAUGUAUCUGAAAAUCGCGCCUCCCACACCCAUGAAAUGCUACGGACUUGUGCUGAGAAGCUGCACUGGCCAUCACACCGGCACAUUGACACGUACACAAGAGACCUUGUGAAACAGUUGCGCCAGAACAAUGUAAAUCUGGGGAAGGUAUACAACAUCAUUGCAAGCCUGUUUGGGCAGAUGGAGAACGUCCCGUUCACAAAGAGGUGCCUUAGGACUUUCUGUGGGAAGCUUAGCAAGGAGCAGGCAGAUGAUGAUGUGCGGAAGACUAUGGAUGCAUUCUCUGAGAUCUUCUUGCUGUAAUGUUGUUUCUCCCCCAUGCAUCGACGCAGGUCCUAAUUCAUCUGGGCGUGAGAAAAAUACCCAGUUUCCAUGUCCUGAAGCGGUGGACAGUAGAUGCCCGCGACAAUUUGCCACUCCACCUUCUCCAUUACCAAAAGGAUCAAGGGCCUCCGUGGUUAUCCUCCUACAGGCAUACAACACUACACCUGACUGCACUCGAGUUUGUGCAGCUGGGGGAUAGCAACGUCGAUGCAUUCGACAGAGCAAUGGACAUAUUGAUUGCAGGCAAGGCAGGGCUGACUGUUUUGGCAGCGAUCAAGGAUGGCAAAAGUUUGGUGGACCAAACACAAAUUGGGGAGUCAGCCAAUCCCACUCAGGAUAAGGGAGCAGGUUCCUCACACCCAGACGACAUGUGUUCUCAGAUGUUCAUCUCUACCGAGUGUGGCCUUAGUUCGGUUUAAGGAAAGCUGGAUCAAGCCUCUCACUGUCCAUGUUGCUGCCGCCUGAUAGGAAGAAGCAGAAGGGUAAGCCAACCACAGCGAGGGACAAGCCUGGAUAUGAGGUCAAGGACGCGCGAUCGAGGUUUUGUAUGGUUUGUAGGGAGAAAGGGCACAAGAGCACGACGUGCCGCCGCAGGGGUGAUCUUCUGAAGAAACCUCGCAAAAUCCCUACUUGCAGCAACUGCGGUGUAGCUGGGCACAAGAAAACAAGUUGUUUCAAUCCCGUCUUGCCAUUCGUGAAGAAGGCCUCACGACGGGCCAGUCGAGUGAUGUUCGGAUCAACGUUUGAUGCAGGUGGUUGAAACUAAAACCCGCCCUAACUGAGUCUGUGAUGUGUUGCAGUUAGCCAUAAUUUGAGUAGUUCGACUUCCCGCAGUUAGGCAUAAUUUGAGACUAUGAUUUGUUUUUCUGAUAAGUGUUAUUUGGCACUGUAAGAAUUGUAAUUGGAUUUCAUGCUGAUAGACCUAGUUUGGGCGUGUGAUAUUGAUUUUCCAAUAAGUGAUGCCAUAACUUGGGUGGGACUGUUGAAAUGAUUUAA